CACUUAAAUUCGAAUUUUCGAUUUUCUACUGGGACGGGCGGCCAAAUUGUGAGGUUCCGACCAGAAGCAACGUGUGUAAAAUAUUUUUUAAAAAUAUUAAUAUCAAGAGGUCGCUCAAGGAGGUCAAAGUUUGGAAUAAUUGUGUCAAAAUCCUUAUUUUUGCAAAUAUCGUUCAAAGUGUGUGAUGUUGAGAGAAUCUAAUGCAAGAUUCAAAUAUGAUAGUAUUCCAGAUAAUAUUGCAUAUUGUAUAAUAUACCUUCUAUAAUAAUUGUUAAUUCAAACAUCAAACCUGGCACGAACAUAAUAACUCGUAUAAAACGCGUAGUAAGUCGCGUACGGUACACGUUCAAUUCUUGUAUGUUUUGGGGCAGUGUUGAGUGACAAGUGUGCCCUGCUGUGCAGCUGUUGUUCAGUCAGCUACACGCGUCACUGCGGGGCGGUUGUUGCACAGCGUGCGCUCCACUGCCUUAGCCUACUGUUUUCUUUUCACCGUGGCAAUGGCAUCUACAAGAUCUAAGACCGAGGUUUAUUUACUUGGCUCGUUGGAGCACUCCAUCACUGGAACUAAGCUGCCGUCAAAGAAGCAGGUGCUGCAGGUGUUCCUAUAUCACCAUCUGCAACAGAGAAAGACCAAGAACGACGCAGCAGUGGAUACUAUGGCAGUGGUGGAAGAAUUCUGGAAGCGCGCUCGAAUUCCUAUGCAGAAGCCGCAGCGAGCAAGAGAAAAUAUCAUCCGUUUGUAUGAGAAAUGGGUGGCACUGAAAAAGAACAAGAACAGAGCAACAGCGACCCAAAAGGCGAAUGAGCGAAAGUUCGUCGACUCGCUCGAAAAUCUUUUCGACAUUGCUCACGCAAAUGCGAUGUCGAUGAUCACGCUGGAAGAAGAUCGGGAGUUUUUGAAGGCUCAGAGGGAGGAAGGAAGGCGAGGGUCGAUGAUUUCAAGGGACAUGUCCCUGGCAAAGCAAGAGUCUCGACGCAAGAAACGAAAAGAAGAGGAGCAACGCCGUGUGACAAAGGCUCUUCAAGAGCAAGAGAAGGUGGAUGAAACGGCCGAACUUUCAUCGAGCUCAAGUUCAACGUGCUCCCCAAAACGACCAUUUGAUGAAGGCGCUGGUCCAUCUGCGUCCCAGAUGCCCCCGUCUAAGCGUCCGCGAUCGUCGAAGAAGGUACUGGACAGUCACUUGUCUGCCGCAUUGGAUCGGACCUUGACUUCCGACCGUGACGCAGUUCACCUCAUCAGUGCUGCUGCUCGAAGCCUCGGACACGAUCCCAACCAACUCGUGAUAAAUCGUGAGUCCUUCCGACGGGAUCGGCGAAAAUUCCGCGCUGUAGCGGCUGCGGAGAUCAAGAAAUCCUUCAAGCCGUCCGUUCCGCUCACUGUUCAUUGGGAUGGUAAGAUCAUCCCCACAGCGGAUGGAGGCCCAGCCGUCGACCGUCUUCCAGUACUGGUUUCCGGAGACGGAGUGGAAAAGCUCCUCGCCGUGCCUAGUCUCCCCAAUGGAACCGGACAGGCCGCUGCUCACGCCAUUAUAACAACACUCGAAGAUUGGGGAGUUGAGAAUCGGGUGGUUGCUCUCUCCUUUGACACCACCGCUUCUAACACUGGUUUGGCAGCAGGGGCAUGUUCCAUUGUAGAGCAACGACUAGGGCGUGAUGUCCUCCACCUUGCCUGUCGCCACCACAUUUACGAAUUAAUCUGUGAGAAGGCGUUCUUCACUUGCUUUGGACCCUCUAGCGGUCCUGAAAUUCAACUUUUCAAAAGGUUCAAAGUAAAGUGGGAAUACUUGGACAGGACGACACCGAAGGCAAUGGAGAUGGACAAAAUGUCACAAAACCUCCGUGAGCGACGUGAUGAUCUGUUGGUGGAGUUUCAGCGCCUCCUCGACGGGCAGCACCCACGAGACGAUUACCGUGAGUUACUUGAACUUUCAAUCAUCGUCCUUGGUGGCCAGCCGAAGCGAGGCAUCCGUAUCACCCGCCCUGGUGCUCUACAUCGUUCACGAUGGAUGGCAAAAUCAUUUAUGCGGUGA